AUGUCUCGCCCUUCGACACCAAGCAAAGAGUCCGACCCCGUCAUGAAGGGAACUCGCCCCAAUCGCGGAUCCUCGUCAUCUGCGGUCAACGGCACAACCACCACCCAGGCCACGGAAGCCUCCUCGGAUGAAAAACAAGAAGCGCAACAACUGAAAAGCCAAGGCAACUCGUAUUUCUCCUCCAAAGAAUACUCUAAAGCCAUCGAUUCCUUCUCUAGCGCCCACCAACUCGAUCCUUCCGAUUCCACCUUCCUCACCAACCGAGCCGCCGCCCAGAUGAGUCUCAAAAUGUACAAGCAGGCGCUUUCCGACUGUCAGCUUGCGAAAGAUAUCCAGGCGAAACAGUCUCCCGAUCGUGUUGCACAGCCCAAGACGCUCAUCAGACUUGCUAGGUGUCAUCUCUACCUCGGAAACCCUUCCGGGGCCUUGUCCGUGCUUAGCCCUGUUCUAGACUCACCCACCGCGCCCCAUGGUUUGGAUCAGCCGACCAAGAAGCAAGCCAUUCAGCUGCAGAAGCAAGCUACCAGUGUUGCGCACCACUUAGCAUCCUUCCAAUCGCUCUCUUCGCAAGCCGAUUGGUCACUGGCUGGCUUUGCCCUCGACCAGGCCCAACAGCACGCCCGUAUUGCCCAAGCUGAUGCUCCAGUUGCAUGGCGAAUCAUGCGAGCGACAGUGCACUUGCAUAAGAACAAUCUCGACCAAGCCAAUGGUCUCCUUGCUGAUGCUCUUCGAGCUGAUCCUUCCAAUCCAGAAGCACUCUUGGUUCGUGCUAGGAUUCUGCUGGCCAAGGGUGACCUUGCAAAAGCCGUUGCGCAUUGUCAAGCUGCACUCCGAUCCGAUCCGGAAGAGUCGGGUGCGAGGCAUCUUUUGAAGAAGUGCAGAAAGUUGCAAGACAACAAGGAGCAAGGUAACUCUGCCUUUAAGCAAGGUGAUCAUGCUCUCGCAGUGCAAACUUUCACCCAGGCCUUGCGGCUGGCAGAGGAGAAUAGCGACAAAGAUGGUCCAGCUGCAGGCUUUAAAGCGAUUCUCUACUCCAACCGCGCAACUGCCAAUUCCAAGAAUGGUGAUCAUCAAGCGGCGAUUAAAGAUUGCGAUGCUGCACUGCAACUUGAUUCUGGGUAUGUCAAAGCCUUACGUACUCGUGCUAGAGCCUUGCUUGCAACAGAGCAAUACGAGGAUGCCGUGAGGGAUUUCAAGAGGGCCUUGCAAGAAGCAAGUCUAGCCGGAGGAAAGCAGGUUGAGCAACUAAAGUGUGAGUUGAGAAGCGCCGAGAUCGAUUUCAAGAGGAGUAGGAAGAAGGAUUACUACAAAAUCUUGAAUCUUGCUAAGACGGCAAGCGAGAGCGACAUUAAGAAGGCCUAUAGGAAGGAAAGUUUGAAACAUCAUCCUGAUAAGGGAGGCGACGAGGAAAAGUUUAAGCUUUGCUCCGAAGCCUAUGCCGUACUGUCCGACGAGAAUAAGAGGAGAAGGUAUGAUGCUGGCGCUGAUGAUUUGGAGCAUGAUGCCUUUCCAGGGGGAAUGGCAGGCAUGGGAGGCAUGGGAGGCAUGGGUGGUAUGGGUGGUAUGGGUACCUUUGGCGGUCCGGGUGGUGUGGAGAUUAAUUUGGCUGAUCUGUUUGGUGCUGGCGGCGGGAUGGGCGGCAUGGGUGGUGGGGGUUUCUCAGCAGGACAGAGGAGAGGCGCAAGACCUCCCCCUGGCUUCCACUUCGGUUGA